AUGGCAAGCACCCAGACGGUCACAGAUGUGAAAUACCUCAUAGACCAUUAUCAUUUUAGGCAGGAUGAAGCUAUUAAUAUUGAUAAAGAAUUGUUCACUGAGUACGGGUUCAGUGUUGACCAGUUAAUGGAACUAGCUGGUUUAAGUUGUGCACAUGCAGUUGCUAAAAAGUAUCCACCGGGGAAAGUCCUCGUAAUUGUUGGACCAGGUAAUAAUGGAGGUGAUGGUCUGGUUUGCGCACGACAUCUGAAGCUUUUUGGAUAUUCACCAGUUAUUCUUUAUCCAAAACGGUCGAAUUCUGAGUUAAUGAACCGUCUUGUCACCCAGACUACUAAAAUGGGGAUACAUUACUUGGAUGACUCGUCUUUACCAGAUCUUUCAAAAGAUUAUUCAGUCAUAGUAGAUGCUAUUUUUGGGUUCAGUUUUAGGCCGCCGUUGAAGCCUCCUUUCGAUAAGAUAUUAUCUUUAGUGGCUCAGACCAAAGUUCCUGUUGUUUCUGUGGAUAUUCCGUCAGGUUGGCAUGUUGAAAAUGGCCCUGAUGAUCCGAAGAAUUGCAUUUUACCAGAAGUAUUGGUCUCAUUAACAGCCCCAAAGUUAUGCGCAAAACAUUUUAGUGGUAAUGCCCACUAUCUUGGUGGCAGAUUUGUUCCAGAAUCGUUAGAUAAUAAAUAUCAUUUAAAUUUGCCAAAAUAUCCCGGUACGGAAUGUGUACUGUUGCUUUGA